GCUGCUGUGUUCCAGGAGACGCUGCAGCAGCUGGUGGUGAUGUCACUUCCUGACGUGCUGGUGCUGGGCCGGACUCCUCUGAGCGAGCAAGGACUGGAGGAGAUGAGGAAGAUCCUGCUGCUGCUGCUGGGCUGUGCUGUACAGUGUAACAUGAAGGAAGAAUACAUCGACCGGAUCCAGAUGCUGGACUUUGACACGCAGGCAGCCAUCGCCGCUCACAUUCAGGAGGUGACACAUAACCAGGAGAACGUGUUUGACCUUCAGUGUGUGGAGGAGAGCGAGUCUGUCCCGCACGAUAAAGACAUCGUCUUCAGACAGCUGACCUUUAACCUCAAGCGCCUCGUCUACGAGAGAGACCAACAUGCUGAGGUAACACACACACACACGCUCGCUGCUGCUGUGGCCAGGAUCAGACGCCUGCGGCAGGAGCUAGAGGAGAAGACUGAGCAGCUGCUGGACUGCAGACAGGAGCUGGAGCACAUGGAGACAGAGGUCAAGAGACUGCAGCAGGAAAACCUGCAGUUGCUGUGUGACGCGCGGUCGCUGCGGGCGUAUCGUGACGAGCUGGAUGCUCUCAGAGAGAAGGCCGUCAGGGUGGACAAACUGGAGAGUGAAGUGACGCGCUACAAAGAGAAACUCCAUGACAUUGAGUUCUACAGGACCAGAGUGGAGGAACUGAAAGAGGACUAUCAGGUUCUCCUGGAGACCAAGGGCAUGCUGGAGGAUCAGCUGGAGUCAUUCAGAGCUCGAUCUGAUAAACAUCAUGAGCUGGAGAAGGAAAAUCUGCAGCUUAAAAACAAGGUCCAUGACAUGGAGAUGGAGCGAGACAUGGACCGGAAGCGCUUGGAGGAGCUGCUGGAGGAGAACCUGACGCUAGCGGUGGCCCAGAAACAGAGCAUGGACGAGUCUCUGCAUCUGGGCUGGGAACUGGAGCAGCUCUCCAAGACCACUCCCGAGCUCAGUGAAGUGCCGCAGAAGUCUCUGGGUCACGAGGUGAACGAGCUGACGUCCAGUCAGCUGCUGAAGCUGGAGAAGGAGAAUCAGAUGCUGCUGAAGAGCGUGGAGGAACUGAAGGCCUCCAGUGAGAGCGGCGCGCGCCUCCGUCUGGAGAAACGCAACCAGAAACUCAGCCAGCAGCUGGAGCAGCUGCAGGCGGAGCUGGCUGCAGACAGAGAGAGUCUGCGCAGCGCUGAGAGUCUGAGCGCAGACCUGCUGAAGGAGAAGGCGCAGCUGGAGAAAACCCUGGAGACGCUCCAGCAGAACUCAGACAGACAGGUACACCGCACUCUCAGUGGACAAGAUCUGCAGAGCGAGUACAAAGGCCGGUGUGUGUUUGCGCAGCUGGAGCAGCUGCAGGCGGAGCUGGCUGCAGACAGAGAGAGUCUGCGCAGCGCUGAGAGUCUGAGCGCAGACCUGCUGAAGGAGAAGGCGCAGCUGGAGAAAACCCUGGAGACGCUCCAGCAGAACUCAGACAGACAGGUCAAGGGUCUGGAACAGGAGAACGAUCAUCUGAACCAGACCAUCGCCUCUCUCAGGCAGCGCUCUCAGGUCAGCGCUGAAGCCCGCGUCAAAGACAUCGAGAAAGAAAACCGCGUGCUGCACGAGUCCAUCAAAGAGACCAGCAGCAAGCUCAACAAGAUAGAGUUUGAGCGCAAACAGCUUCGCAAAGACCUGGAGCACUACAAAGAGAAAGGAGAAAGAGCCGAGGAGCUGGAGAUGGAGGUCCAUCGACUGGAGCGAGAGAAGGAGAGUCUGCAGAAGCGUCUCGCUGCUCUCGCCAUCACCUGCGGGAAGGUGGAGGUGCUGGAGAAGGAGAAUGCCGAGCUGGAAGCGGAGAGCAGGAAGCUGAAGAAAGCAGCGGACGGUCUGAGGAACGUUUCCUAUCAGCUGGAGGUCCUGGAGAAGGAGAACGCUCAGCUGGACGAAGAAAACCUGGAGCUCCGGCGCAUGGUGCAGUCUUUACGGUCCUGCGGAGCCAAGGCUGCCCAGCUGGAGCUGGAGAACAAAGAGCUGGAGAAUGAGAGAACCCAACUCAAAAAGAGUCUCGAGCUGCUGAAGGCUUCGUCCAAAAAAAACGAGCGUCUGGAAGUCAGUUACCAAAGCCUCGACGCGGAGAACCAGCGGCUCCAGAAAGCCCUGGAGACCGGCAGCCGCAAAAUUCAGCAGCUGGAGGGAGAGCUGCAGGACACGGAGGUGGAGAACCAGAGCCUGCAGCAGAGUCUGGAGGAGCUGAAGAUCUCCAGCAAAGGCCUGGAGCAGCUGGCGCAGGAGAACACGGCCCUGGAGCAGGAGAACAGUCAGCUGGAGAAGGACAAGAAGCAGCUGGAGAAGGAGAACAAACGGCUGCGACAGCAGGCUGAAAUCAAAGACUCCAGACUCGAUGAAGACAACCUGCGCAUCUCUCAUCUCGAGAAGGAGAACCGCACGCUGGGCAAGGAGGUCGCCGCUCUCAAAGAUAUGUGUGGUCGCGUGAAAGACUUGGAGAAGGACAAUAAGGAACUGGUCAAACAAGCAACCAUAGACAAGAAGACCCUGGUCACUCUGAGAGAGGAGCUUGUCAAUGAAAAAUUAAAGACCCAGCAGAUUAACAAUGACCUGGAGAAGCUGACCCAUGAGCUUGAGAAGAUCGGCCUCAAUAAAGAGGGGCUUCUGGGUGAUGCAGAGAGCUCUGAUGACAGGUUUAAGCUUCUAGAGUGUAAACUGGAGUCCACUCUGAAGUCCUCUCUGGAGAUCAAAGCGGAGAAGAUCGCUGCUCUAGAAGCCCGACUGCAGGAGUCCUCCAACCUCAACCAGCAGCUACGACAGGAGCUCAAAACGGUGAAGAAGAACUACGAGGCCCUGCGCCAGCGUCAGGAGGAGGAGUGUUCGGCUCAGAGCUCGCCUGCUCGAGGACGGGAGGACACACAGAGCAAGUGGGAGAAGCAGAGUCAGGAGGCCACGCGAGAGCUUCUGAAGGUCAAAGACCGACUCAUAGAGGUGGAGAGAAACAACGCCACUCUCCACGCAGAGAAGCAGGCUCUCCGGACGCAGCUGAAGCAGCUGGAGUCUCAGAGCGGGAAUCUCCAGGCGCAGAUAUUAGCUCUUCAGAGACAGACCGCAUCUCUACAGGAGAACAACACCACGCUACAAACACAAAACGCCAAUCUACAGGUGGAGAACUCGACGCUGAACUCUCGGAGCGCCGCUCUCAUGUCCCAGAAUGCUCAGCUGCAGACGCAGCAGUCCGGCACAGAGAGCGAGAGGGACGUGGCCAUACGAGAGAAGGAGGAACUGCGCACGGUGUACGAUCUACUGCUGCAUGACCACGAGAAGCUGUCUGCGCUGCACGAGAGACAGGCGUCGGAGUACGAGGAUCUGAUCGGCAAACACGGAGAGCUGAAGAGCGGCCACAAGAGCCUGGAGCUGCAGCACCGCAGCCUGGAGAACAGGUACAAUCAGCUGCUGAAGCAGAAGACCGAACUGGAGCAGCUGGAGAGAGAUCUCACAGCAGAGCGAGAGAAGAUGAUCUCUGACAGCAAGAGUCAUCAGGACACAGCUGCACAGUACCAGAGGCUCAGCGAGGAGCACCACACGCUGAGCUCCACACACCAGCAGCUCCUGAAGGACAAUGAGCUUCUGCAGACAGAUCAUAAGACUCUUAAGAGUCAGCUGAACACGGCCCGGCUGGAGCAGACGCGUCUGGAGGCAGAGUUCUCCAAACUCAAGGAACAGUACCAGCAGCUGGACAUAACCUCUGCCAAACUCACCAACCAGUGCGAGUUGUUAAGUCAGCUGAAGGGGAACCUAGAGGAAGAGAACCGGCAUUUGCUGGAUCAGAUCCAGACUCUGCAGAACCGGACCCUGCUGGAGCAGACCAUGGAGAGCAAAGACCUGUUCCACGUCGAGCAGAGACAAUACAUUGAUAAACUCAAUGAACUGAGGAGACAGAAAGAGAAGCUUGAGGAGAAGAUUAUGGAUCAGUAUAAAUUUUAUGACCCGUCACCUCCGCGAAGGAGGGGCAACUGGAUCACACUGAAGAUGAGGAAGCUCAUCAAGCCAAAGAGUCGUGAGCGCAUGCGCUCUCUCACACAGACUCCUCCCCGCUCCGAGUCCAGCGAAGGGUUCCUGACGCUGCCGCAGCCGGACAGUCAGGACAGCUCGUCCGUCGGCUCUGGAUCCAACUCACUGGAGGACAAUCUCACCCACCGCAGCGGCAGGAAGAGAGUUGAGAAAAGCCAAACGCAGGCUUCCUCUAACGCGCUGAAAAAGCUUCCGUUCAUGAGGAACCGAUCCAAGGAGAAAGACCGAGUGAAGGCCGUCUACCGCCGCUCUAUGUCCAUGAACGACCUGCUGCAGACGAUGGCUGUGUCCGAGGGUCAGUGGUCCAGCAGCACGGAUCAUCUCGAAGCUCAGCACGGGAAGGAGUUUGGAUCCAUGGACUCCGCCGGCCUGAGCCUGAGCCGCGGCCCCAGCGCUCGCCACCGCUCCGACACAGGCGCAGCCGUGUCCAGUGAAGACGUCACGCAGCUGUCGGAGCAGGAGCGAGCUCAGGGCGUGAUGAACGGCAGUGCGAGUCGGCCUCGCAGCGAGAGCAGUGACGUCAGUGUGAGUCGGGACAGUCCCACCAGCCAGACCUCAGCACAGCACAGCGCUCUGGAGGGCAAACGCAGGGCCAAGUCUGCAGGAAGUGAGGUGGUUUCCCUGCAGCAGUUCCUGAAGGAGAGCACAGAGCCAGCAGAGUCGUCUGGUGUGUCCGGAGCCGUGCCGCGUGUGAAGAGCCGAGGCAUCCUGCGCUCAGCCAGCGGUAAGGCCCCUGCGGGAGCCGGUCAGCCGGGCCACCCCAGCCUGCGCAAGGCAGAGAGCACGCGGUCCAAGGUCUCGCCCCAAGCCGGCCUGUCUGCGCAGAGCAAAGCCUCAUCAGCAUCUCUGUCGGAGCGUCUGGACUCGUCCUCAGGCCUGCCCCGCGCCAGCAGCGUCAUCUCCACCGCCGAGGGCUCCGUGCGCCGCACCAGCAUCCAUGAGCUGCUCUCCAAGGACAGCCGGCAGCCCGUGCUGGUGGACCCCGCGCCCUCCCGCUCCCAGAGUGAGUACAGCGACCCAGCCCUGCACAAGUCUGCUAGCAUGCCCUGCCGCGUACAGGAGCCCGAGCUGUCCAGCCUGCAGGCCUUUCUAGGUCCCUCCUUCACCGUAGACUCCAUCUUUCUGGACUCCAUCUUUAGCGAGCCAGCGGUGACGGGUGGUGCUAGAAACCAGGCCAUCCUGUCCCUCAACACGUCUCUCGUUAGUAGCAUUAGCGGCCCUCCCCAUAAGGCCAAGCGCUCAGACGAGCCCGAGGAGGACGGCCAGUCGCUGUGGUACGAGUACGGCUGCGUGUGACCCCUGACCCCCGCCUGCAUGAGUCUGCUCUGUGUUAUGUCUUUGUAGCGACGCUCAUGUGAUUCUUCUGUUGGACUGAACCUCCAUCACUGUUAUAUUAACUGAUGCUGUCUGCUGUGUGUGUAACCGCUGAUCCACUUUCAUAUUUAUGAACACGAGGUCCCAUGAUGCUCCUCUGAUUGUUUUAUUGAAGUGACAUGGUGUGGCUGUUUCCCCGAUGGUGUUUGUGUGCAUGCCUGUGGUCUGGUGUGGGUUGUGUUGGUGUGUGAUGUGAGCUGUAGCCUGUAUGAACACACCACUCUCUGCAGGUCAAACUCUGCUGAUCCAGCGCCCAUCGUGUUUGAUGCAUGCUGUGUGUCCACAUAACGUCCUUCAGGACACUGAUUCUUCUGUAAUGUGCCGUUGAAGUGUGGCUUGCUUUCGUUCUGCAGAUGUGGAAGUGUUUCAGGAAAACAGGAAGACUAAGAGCAGAGGUGGCGCUCAGAAUUUGUCCUGAAUUCACACGGUGAGUGUCAUGAUCCUCCUCAGGAAACUCUUGAACCUUCGAGAAUCCUCUUUGUCCACCUCCAGCCCAAAGUACAGGGAGCCCGAUGCGUUCCUCACUGAUUAUAAUCACGAUAAUCCAUACCUAGCAUUAAAGGGGUCAUGACAUGGAUUUUUUUUAUUAUUUUAAUAUGUUCCUUGAGGUUUACUU